AGGCGAUCGGGAGGAGCAGAAGAAGGGAACUUGAUUCGAGCUGGCACAGGCGGGGGAAAAAAGUCGAUCGCCAGCAGCAGCAUAAAAGUGUGCGCGGCUCCUCUCGAGGGGAGCAGCGGCGGCGGCGGCGGCGGCAGCCACAGGUGUCCCCGACGGGGAGCGAGGCUCUCGGGACUCGGCCUUGGGGAUCGGGCGAAGGAGCCCUUCCGGCGCUCUCCUCCCGGCCGCGAGGAGGAGCAAGAGGGCGAGCAGCCCCCUGGGACGCGGGGAAGGUGCCCCGCGAGGAUUUCGGCUCGAGGAGGUUCCCGUCCCACCAUCAAGAUUUUGUCCAAAAGCAGGCAAGAGGAUCGCCCUGCGCUGAGCCGCCUGGUGGGCAGCAGGCGGCGGCUGAUCGCGGCCGGAGCGCUGGGGGUGGUCAUGGUGCUGCUGCUGGUCAUCCUCAUCCCGGUGCUGGUCAGCUCGGCGGGCACGUCGGCGCACUACGAGAUGCUGGGCACCUGCCGCAUGGUGUGCGACCCGUACGGCGGCACCAAGGCGCCCAGCACGGCCGCCACCCCGGACCGAGGCCUCAUGCAGUCCCUGCCCACCUUCAUCCAGGGCCCCAAAGGAGAGGCGGGCCGCCCGGGCAAGGCCGGGCCGAGAGGGCCGCCGGGGGAACCCGGCCCGCCGGGGCCAGUGGGCCCGCCGGGAGAAAAAGGAGAGCCCGGGCGCCAGGGCCUGCCAGGCCCACCCGGGGCGCCGGGCCUGAACGCGGCCGGGGCCAUCAGCGCCGCCACCUACAGCACGGUGCCCAAGAUCGCCUUCUACGCGGGCCUCAAGCGGCAGCACGAGGGCUACGAGGUGCUCAAGUUCGACGACGUCGUCACCAACCUGGGCAACCACUACGACCCCACCACGGGCAAGUUCACCUGCUCCAUCCCCGGCAUCUACUUCUUCACCUACCACGUGCUCAUGCGCGGCGGCGACGGCACCAGCAUGUGGGCCGAUCUGUGCAAGAACAACCAGGUGCGAGCUAGUGCAAUUGCUCAGGAUGCAGACCAAAACUACGACUAUGCCAGUAACAGCGUCGUUCUACAUUUGGAGCCAGGAGAUGAAGUCUACAUAAAAUUAGAUGGAGGGAAAGCACAUGGAGGGAACAACAACAAAUACAGCACAUUUUCUGGAUUUAUAAUUUAUGCUGACUGAUAAUUAAGUGAAACACAAAAUCACAUUCUUCUAAGUGAUGGAUUCACGUGGCAAAACAAACAAACAAACAAAAUCGACGAAUCAAGAAUCCCAGAGGAUACUGGCCGAGGGACACCUCAUUAAAGGGGGGCAAAAUGCUACCUGACUCACAUCUGUACAACCCAGAGAGUGUGUUUAAAAAAUAUAUAGAGCAAGUUAAACAGAUGUGUGAUCCACUAUCGCCAAAGCAAAAUACUCCUUGUUGUUAGUGUCCAUGUGAAUGAAGUCCUAUAUAGAUCACAACUUUUAUAGAGGGGAAAAAAUCUUUAAAGCACUGAAUUAUUUCUUCGGCAUAUAUGAUACUUUUGGUGUGCUAUGAUCUUGCUGCUUUUAUCCAUCCAUCAGCUUUGGUACUUGUGACUUACCUGCUAACUAUGAUGCGUGUGGAUCCAACUCGUAGUAUGUGGUGAGGAAUGAUUUUACAAUAAAAAGAAGACAUAAUUGAAUUUUUGCUUAUUCCCUCCAAAGGAAUUAUUUGCCUUGUCCUUCUAUGCCCUUAACUACCUAGAAAUAGAAAAUUAACCUGCUUCAAGCCUUAGCUCUAAUUUUACUGUAUAUAGGUGCAAGUCAGGGGUUGAAAAUGAUUGUAGCACAGUUGUGUCUCGUUUUCCGUUUUUCUCUGUUGCUCCAGUCCGUUGAUUUCUUACACACAUUUUGUAGCUCCAGCAUAUGCAAAAAGGAGUUGCAUCACCCACAAGGGCUGACCCAUUCAUCUCAACAGAGGGAGCAAGUCUGUAUAAACUCCCUUUAUGCAAAUAAUUCUGCUGCCUCCACUGAAGUGAAUGGGCAGUCUCUGCAAAAGCAAAGGGGCCACAUGCACAUGGAAGCACUUGCAGUGCUCUGAAUCAAUGUGCAAAAGAGAGAAAACCAUAGAAGAGUUCAGUUCUGUCAAGACAAUAUAUUGCAGUUUCCAUUAGGUAUAUGAUCUGGUGUUUACCUUUGUUUUAGAAACCUAGUUAAGUGUUACAAAGACUUCUUCCCACCAUGGGGGUCAUCUUUUGGGGGGAGACCAUACCCUAUUUCCAGUGUCAUAUGCCCACUAUCAGCAGUGUCUCCAGGUGCAACAUUUUUUUCACAGGCACAAAUAACCAUUGGCCUAUAAGGAAAAAACAUAAAAGUGGAUACUCAGGAGCACCAUUUUGGUAGGGGUCCACCUAUCCUUGUUGGAUAGUUUCUUAGUGAAAAUGCUGUGGGAGCAAGUGUUGUCCCAACAUGUUGCCAGAUGCAGCCCAUUUGCUUUGCCCUUCAGAACUUGAUGACGCUUGAGCCUGAUCCUACCUACAUAGUUUUCACCUUGUGCUUCAUUUCUUGGGCGCCAUCCACACUUAGAUACUGCUGGAUGGGAGUGUCUCCUUUAUGGUGCUAUCCAAAACACACGCAGGAUGUAAGGUAAAUAAAUAGAAACAGGUACAACUGAUUAUAUAGGUUCUCAAACACGCAGCAGGGUGCCAGUCACACUGCCAAUGAUCCAAUGCAGUCCUGUCUGUAGGGUUUGGUAUAUUUGCACACAUAAAGUUGAAACAUUUCGUGCAGGUACGUGUGUAUGUGUGCAUAUACAGAAAGGGGGCCUUGAGCAUAAUCUUCCAUGCAUGACAUCUCAGAAGUAAGCUCAGAAGUAGGCAUGCAUGGGAUUGCAGCCUUCAUCAUGUUAGAAUGUGAGAGAUAUGACUGUUGGUGCCUGGCUAUUUAUCAGAUGAGUAAACCAUUUUUUCACCCUAGUUGUAGAGCAAGCUGCCCCAGCAUGUGGUUAGGAUGGUUUAUGCAAAUAAACUGUUCCACUGCAGCAUCAGAAAAAGUCCUACAAUUCGAAAGACCAUCAAUUACAUUUAGGAUGGU